GCAGUGUCAACUUUGUCCUCGACCCGGCACGCUGAUAGUACGAGUCUUGGCGUCUCGUUUUCGCUCCGCCAUGUCAACGUUUACACCUGUGUCAGAGGUCGAACCUUCACGAGUAGACGUUCCGGGGAUUGCGCCAUGGGUGUUCCUCUCGCAUAAAGAAACCGAAUGCUUAAACUCAG